AUGGGCAAGGACAAGCUUCACGUCAACGUCGUCGUCAUUGGUCACGUCGACUCCGGUAAGUCGACCACCACCGGCCACCUUAUCUACAAGUGCGGUGGUAUCGACAAGCGUACCAUCGAGAAGUUCGAGAAGGAGGCCGCCGAGCUCGGCAAGUCCUCGUUCAAGUACGCCUGGGUUCUUGACAAGCUCAAGGCCGAGCGUGAGCGUGGUAUCACCAUCGACAUUGCCCUCUGGAAGUUCGAGACCCCCAAGUACCACGUCACCGUCAUCGACGCCCCCGGUCACCGUGACUUCAUCAAGAACAUGAUCACCGGUACCUCGCAGGCCGACUGCGCCAUUCUCAUCAUUGCCACCGGUAUUGGUGAGUUCGAGGCUGGUAUCUCCAAGGACGGCCAGACCCGUGAGCACGCUCUUCUCGCGUUCACUCUCGGUGUCCGUCAGCUCAUUGUUGCGUGCAACAAGAUGGACACCUGCAAGUGGUCUGAGGACCGCUUCAACGAGAUCGUCAAGGAGACCUCGAACUUCAUCAAGAAGGUCGGCUACAACCCCAAGUCGGUUCCCUUCGUCCCCAUCUCCGGCUGGCACGGUGACAACAUGAUCGAGGCCACCACCAACAUGCCCUGGUACAAGGGAUGGAACAAGGAGACCAAGGCCGGCAAGGCCUCUGGCAAGACCCUCCUUGAGGCCAUCGACGCCAUCGACCCCCCUACCGCCCCACCGACCGCCCCCUCCGUCUCCCCCUCCAGGACGUUUACAAGAUCGGGCGGCAUGGUCGUCACCUUCGCCCCCGUCAACGUCACCACUGAGGUCAAGUCCGUUGAGAUGCACCACGAGCAGAUCCCCGAGGGUCUCCCCGGAGACAACGUCGGCUUCAACGUCAAGAACGUCUCCAUCAAGGACAUCCGUCGUGGAAACGUCUGCGGUGACUCCAAGAACGACCCCCCCAAGGAGGCCGCUUCCUUCAACGCCCAGGUCAUCGUCCUCAACCACCCCGGCCAGAUCGGUGCCGGUUACACCCCCGUCCUUGACUGCCACACUGCCCACAUUGCGUGCAAGUUCGAGGAGAUCAUCGAGAAGAUCGACCGUCGUACCGGUAAGGCCCUCGAGCAGGCCCCCAAGUUCAUCAAGUCUGGUGACGCUGCCAUCGUCAAGCUUGUCGGUCAGAAGCCCAUCUGUGUUGAGACCUACUCCGAGUACCCCCCUCUCGGUCGUUUCGCAGUUCGUGACAUGCGCCAGACUGUCGCCGUCGGAGUUAUCAAGUCCGUGGAGAAGACUGACGGCAAGGGUGGCAAGACCACCAAGGCCGCCGAGAAGGCCAACAAGAAGAAGUAA